UCGAAGUUUCCCUUCUCCUCCCAAGAGAAAAAAGGGAAAUAAAAAGUCACAUAGUUUGCUUGAUUAAACGGAAGCACGCUUUAUGCUUUAAUCUGACCCUUUCUUUCAAUAAUCCGCCUUACAAUCCCUUCAAAUAACACCCAUCUCUUUAAUCUACCCCUUUUCUUCUCCAUUCGGAUUAAAAAUCUUCUUAAAGCAGCUCGAAUUCUUUGUGGGUUUUCAGUUAACUUGAUAAAAUAGUCCAAAUCUCUGUGUUGAUUUGUGAUUCUUUUGCACUCGUGAGAUUUUGGGGUCCGAGAAAAAGCCGCAAAUAAAGGCGUCGGAGAUUGAAUCACUCUCUUUCCAAAUCUUGCCCUUGAUUCGAGGAUCCCAAAUUUUGGUUUCUAUGGCUGAUGGGUUUCCUACUUUUGACCCUUUCAGUUUCAUCUUCAGAUUACAGUAGAACCAGUGGUGGGACUUGAUGCUUUUAUUGCUUCAUUUAUGGCGACUGAUGAUGAUUUUAGUCUCUAGUCUAGAGGUCUUGAAAUUUUGUUGUCUGAUCAUGCUGUAGCUCUGGUCGGGGCGGAUGGUUAUUAAAAUGUCGCAUUGUUUAGAAUCCGGGUUGAUUUCGGGUGCUAAACUUGCUGGGAUUUUGCUGCUGCUGGCUUUUCUGUUUAGUACUUCACAUGGGUUGAAUCCAGAAGGGGUUUUUCUCUUGGAGCUGAAGAAUAGUCUUUCUGAUCCAGUUGGUUCAUUGAGAAACUGGGAUUCGAGUGACCGAACACCGUGCGGAUGGACUGGUGUGAACUGCACUUCUGGUGAUGAGCCAGUUGUCUAUUCUCUUGACUUGAGUUUGAAGAAUCUUUUGGGUCAGUUAAGCUCGAGCAUCGGUAAUUUGAUCCACCUGACUUAUCUUAAUCUUUCCUUCAAUGGAUUCACUGGAAAUAUACCGAAGGAGAUCGGGAAUUGUACGAGGUUGGAAUACCUUUUCCUGAAUGACAAUAAGUUUGAUGGGAAACUUCCAUCUGAAUUGGGGAAGCUGACUUCUUUGGUCAAGCUGAAUAUAUGUAAUAAUGGAAUCCAUGGUCCUUUUCCUGAAGAAAUUGGGAACUUAGAAUCCCUGUUUGAAUUAGUUGCAUAUACGAACAAUAUCACGGGUCCGUUGCCUCGUUCUUUUGGGAAUCUCAAGAGCUUGAGAAGGUUUAGAGCAGGGCAAAAUGCAAUUUCAGGAAGCAUACCGGCUGAAAUAGGUCAAUGUGAGAACUUGGAAAUGCUUGGCCUUGCCCAAAAUCAGUUGGAAGGGGAAUUACCAAAGGAACUUGGUUUGCUUAAAAACUUAACCGAAUUGAUUCUUUUGGAAAACCAGUUGUCUGGCUUUCUACCGAAAGAGCUCGGGAAUUGUACAAGUCUAUCAAUUCUCGCUCUGUACGAGAACAAUAUUGGUGGAGCCAUACCCAAGGAAUUUGGUAACCUAAUCUCUUUGAGGAAGCUGUAUAUAUACCGAACCGCAUUGAAUGGAACCAUUCCGAGGGAACUUGGAAACCUUUCUUUGGCGAUCGAGAUAGACUUCUCAGAAAACUAUUUGACUGGUGAGAUACCUAAAGAGUUCAGCAACAUAAAAGGUCUCCAAUUACUGUACCUUUUUCAAAAUCAGCUGACUGGUGUUAUACCAAAUGAACUUAGUAGCCUGAAUAGCUUGACAAAACUUGAUCUUUCAAUCAACAACCUCACUGGCUCUGUUCCAUUCGGGUUUCAGUAUAUGUCUUCAUUAAGUCAGUUGCAGCUUUUCGACAAUAGUUUGAGUGGUAGCAUUCCCCAAGGACUUGGACGUAAUAGCCCCCUGUGGGUCGUCGACUUUUCAGACAACCUCUUGACAGGACGAAUACCUCCCCAUCUGUGCCGUCAUUCUAACCUGAUCAUCUUGAACUUGGAGUCAAACAAGCUUUAUGGAAAUAUACCUACCGGGAUCUUGAACUGCCCAUCGUUGUUGCAAAUUCGUCUGGUCGGAAACAGGCUAACUGGUGGCUUUCCAUCAGAAUUGUGCAACUUGGUGAACCUUACCGCCAUUGACUUGGACCAGAAUAGAUUCAGUGGUCCGCUUCCUCCAGAAAUUGGGAAUUGCCAAAAGUUGCAGAGGCUGCAUAUUUCAAACAACUACUUUUCGUCGAAUUUGCCGAAGGAGAUAGGAAACCUCGUGCAGCUGGCGACUUUCAAUGUUUCGUCAAAUCUUUUUACCGGACAGAUUCCACCUGAAAUAGUCAACUGCAAGAUUCUCCAACGGCUCGAUCUCAGCCAGAACAACUUUGUAAAUACUUUGCCAAAGGAGUUUGGAUCUCUUCUACAGUUGGAAAUUCUUAGAGUUUCCGAAAAUAAGUUUUCGGGAAAUAUACCGCGAGGAUUGGGGAACCUCUCCCAUUUGACAGAACUGCAAAUGGGUGGCAAUUCAUUCUCUGGUAGUAUUCCCAUGGAGUUGGGCUCCCUAACAAGCUUGCAGAUUGCUCUGAACCUCAGUUUUAAUAUGCUAACUGGGACAAUACCGGCAGAACUUGGAAAUCUUACUCUACUGGAAUACCUCCUGCUUAAUAACAAUAAUUUGACUGGUGAAAUACCCGAAACCUUCGCUAGUCUUUCGAGUUUAAUGGGCUGCAACUUCUCGUACAACGACCUUCGUGGGCCGAUCCCUUCGGUACCGUUGUUUCAGAACAUGCCUUCUAGUAGCUUCACUGGCAAUAAGGGGCUCUGUGGUGGACCUCUGGGCGACUGCAAUGGUGACUCGUCGCCUCGAUCUAUUCCAUCGUUUGAGAGCAUAAAUGCGCCUCGAGGUAGAAUCAUUACCGGGAUUGCUGCUGCUAUUGGUGGAGUUUCAAUUGUUCUAAUUGUGAUAAUCUUAUAUUGCAUGAGACAACCGACCGAUAUGGCGCAAAACAAAGAAACGCAAUCUCUGGAUUCGGACGUCUACUUCCCACCGAAGGAGGGAUUCACUUUCCAAGAUCUAAUUGAAGCCACAAAUAGUUUUCAUGAGAGCUGCGUGGUGGGGAAAGGUGCUUGUGGAACUGUAUACAAGGCAAUGAUGCAUUCUGGACAGACCAUUGCUGUCAAGAAGUUAGCAUCAAACAGGGAAGGGAGCAACAUUGACAACAGCUUCCAUGCGGAGAUUUCAACGCUAGGAAAUAUUAGACAUCGUAAUAUUGUUAAACUAUAUGGCUACUGCUAUCACCAGGGUUCAAAUCUCCUUCUCUAUGAGUACAUGGACAGGGGUAGUUUGGGCGAGUUGCUUCACGGGACAGCGAGUAACUUGGAAUGGCCGACCCGGUUCACAAUUGCUGUUGGAGCUGCAGAGGGACUUUCUUAUCUACACCAUGGCUGCAAACCAAGAAUCAUACAUCGUGAUAUCAAAUCGAAUAACAUUCUCCUCGAUAAUAACUUCGAGGCACAUGUCGGUGAUUUCGGUUUGGCAAAAGUGAUGGACAUGCCUCAGUCCAAAUCAAUGUCAGCAGUUGCUGGAUCAUAUGGAUACAUCGCUCCCGAAUAUGCAUACACCAUGAAGGUCACAGAAAAAUGUGACAUAUACAGCUAUGGGGUGGUUUUACUAGAACUGUUAACCGGGAAAACUCCAGUACAGCCGAUAGAUCAGGGAGGCGAUCUCGUCACGUGGGUCAAGAACUAUAUGCGAGACCAUUCGACGUUGUCUGGAAUGCUAGAUCAGCGACUGAAUCUUCAAGACCGAACCACAGUCGAUCACAUGCUGACAGUCCUAAACAUUGCUUUAAUGUGCACGAGUUUGACUCCAUUUCAACGGCCAUCGAUGCGGGAAGUUGUACUGAUGCUUUUAGAAUCUACCGAGCCCGACGAAGAUCAUAUUCCAGCUUUAACUUAUAAUGUAGAUCCAAAUGGCGACGCAGUCUCAUGAGAUUUCAUGUGGGCGAUAUUCGUUUUCGGGUAACUGAAUAGUUGCAUUUUUUUAACAUAAAAAGUGGUAAUAUGUAUAUUCUUCCCCCCCCACAGGAUAUAUAUAGUAUGUAGAGGCUUUUCAGAGUUUUAUAGUAAAUGGUGUAAUGGUUAUGUUACCCAACUAUUUCUUAGAUUUUGUAUUGAUUUUAGGAUUUAAUAAAGUGUUCUUUGUACAGUUUGCA